AUGACGGCGGAGCAUCUCAUACGACACGUUGCGUCACAUGAGAACCGAAAGCCUUUCAAAUGUCUGCCCUGCGGCGCUAGUUUUGGCAGGACAGAUGUUCUACGUCGACAUCAAAAGAAGUGCCCAGGGAAGCCUGCUCAAAGUUUACCGACAUCACAACAUGAAGAGGGCUACACUCAGGCCUGUGCAGAACAUGAUCCUCGAAAGUCACUAGACAAUAUUUUGAUGUUAGAAGGGCGUUGCCAGCCAGUUGAUCAGACUGAACCACAAAGAGAUCUCAAUGAUGUGGAGAAUUCGGGUGUGACCACUAGUCCCAUUGACAGCCGAACAGACGAGAUCAGUACUGCGAACCUGGCUGUUCCUCAGGGCGGUGAAUCCAGUGAUGAUUCUAUCGUUGUUCGCCAAUCAGGAGAUGAAGAUACAGCCGAGUCUGAGUUGAGCUCGCCUCAAUCGAAUGUAGAUCAGAGUGCUACAAUAAGCAAGGCCGAUCUUGCUCUGGAUACCACUAUCGCCGCUCAGCAAGUUGACGAAACAGGUCGACUCAGCCAAGAAGCCUCUCUAGAGAACACUGAAUCCACCACAUCUGAGAACAAUCCUGGCUCGGGGGAACAGCAUGUCAAUCUCUCCGACUUUCUGAUGCUCGGAGACUCAUUCAUAUCUGAGAUCCACCCAGACGAUUUCGAUUUGAGGGGCGUCACAGACUUGAUGUUUGACUUCAAUACCAACGCCAUCAUCUCACCCCCUUCUGCAGAGACAUGCAUCCUCUUAGAUCCAAGGCGACGUGUAAGACCAGCCUCGCUAUCCUUCGACGCUCCCGAAAGCCUACCUCAGUACCAAUCUUCCUAUGACACACCUCAUCUGUUCAGUUGCUCGGAUGACGAUGCCAUUGCAGUCAACAACGCUUUCGCCAAGGCAAAGGGCACUACAAUUAGCACUUCAGACUCAAUCUGUCUCAGUCGCAAUCAGAUUUCACGUUGGAUCAACGCGUACUUCGAACACUUUGACAUACAUACGCCCAUAGUGCAUCGGCCGACUUUCAUCCUUUCAACUACUCCAGCAUCUUUGCUUUUGGGCAUGCUGGCCAUCGGUGGCUGCAUUGUAUCAGAGCAUGGUCCUGCUUCUAAGGCCUAUGAAGCUUCCUGCCAUCUCCUAGCUCAGUUUGGGGCCUUUUCAGCCAACCCCCGGUAUGCGCGACAAGCGCAACGACAGUUCUCGCUUGUAACAGAUUCACCUUGUUCUGAUGUUUUCAAGUUACUGCGCGCAGUAGAAGUUCAAGUUCGCGGAGUCCAGUCAGCUCAGGACCCUGAUUGGAAGGACUGGGUCUUCAUAGAGACGUUAAGCAGACUUGCAAGCUGGACUUGCAUUCUGAACGCUGCCAUAUCGCUCCUCGACCCUGAAUCAACAUGUGUCGCCGCACCUCAAGUAACAGCGGAAAUGAUCGUCCCCUCAAACGACAGCCUCUGGCGAGCACCGUCAGCCGAAGAAUGGGCCCACAACAAGGAAUGGCAGGCGUACAAACCAGUCAAUCUCGUCGAAACUUCGAGACGAGUUUUCACUGGCGAGUAUCCCGCGGUAGCCAUGAGCUCAUUUGGACUUCUCACGUUGAUUGGGGCUCUCGUGGCGAACAUUUGUGCUAGAGAACGGUACUCUCCUGAAAUGGCCCCCAUCCUUGAUCGUGAGUAUUGUGCAAAGAUAGAGAGGAGCCUUCAAGCCUGGGAAACUCUAUGGCACAGUCACCCUCACGCUGGAGGCUCGCAGAGCAUGAAGAGCGAUCCCAAGAUGACGGACUGUCUAUGUCUGCUAAGCUCUGCGUACCAUCAUCUUUACAUGGGCCAGGAGCUCCAGAUCCUGAAGAGAAUCGCGAAAGAACCUCAAUGUCAUCUGGCAGUCCCCAAUUUCCCCACUGAAAGGAAAGUUCUUGUUGUUAUCAAGUACGCUACGACUUCUUGGUUGGCGGAUACCGUGACAGGCAUCGCUCAUAGGCAGCGGAAGGCGGCAUUCGAAUUCGGUGGGCUUGGCCCAAUGGUAGCAUAUGAGACUGGUAAGCAAUCAUGUUCCGGAUCGUCAUUUCAAGAGUUGAAUUGCUGA